AUGUCCAGCGAUAUUCUUUCUAAUGGAACUACGGAUAAUAUAGAUCUACUAUUAGGAAUGCAGGGUAAUCAUCGUUGGAUAGACGAUCUGCCUGUGUGUCAGCAGACCAGUGUGGGAACAUCUCCACAAACACUUUACAUUCAAGGCCAUUCCAUAACAUAUGAAUCAGAAGAUAGACAUUUUUGUUUCAGUUUGGAAGAUGGCUGCUCUUUAUAUGGUGUUUUUGAUGGCCAUGAUGGCAGUAAGCUCUCCAACUUUGUGGCUCAAAGAAUACCUGCCGAACUACUGUUUGAUCAACUGUCUGGUAAAGAAACUGACCAAGAAAUAAAAGAUGUAUUACAACAGGCUUUCACUGCUGUUGAGAGGGGUUAUUUUGAGUCUGUGAUGGAGCAUCUUUCUGAGAAAGCAGCUUUGCAAUUUGAAAUUCAGGAGAAUUCAAACUUUGGACAGUCACAAAAUAUUCGGACAAAAUUGCAAGAUGUUGAAGCAAAGUUAGCUGGAGGAACAACUGCAACAGUUGUCCUCAUUCAUAAUAACAAAAUGUUUGAAGUUAAUGUGGGAAACACACGAGCUCUUCUCUGCAAGAUGGUAGAUAAAGGUAUUCAGGUAAUCCAGCUUUCAGUUGAUCAUACCAUAAAUAAUGAAAAUGAACUGGCUCGUCUCAAAAGUAUUGGAGUCGAUGUUGACAAGCUGCAAAGGUCCCAUAAGCUGGGGAACUCAGAAAACACCCGCUGUAUUGGUGAUUACAGUGUCAAGGAAGGUCAUAAGGAUAUUGACAUUCUCAAAAAUGCUACAUCUGACCCAGUGAUUGCAACUCCUGAUCUCUGUGUGAGUUACGAAAUUGACAACUCCACAGCUUUCCUGAUCAUCAUGUCUCAGGGCCUGUACAAAGCAGUUCAGGACAUCAAGCCUACUGAGUGGGUCAAUGGCUAUAUAGCCAAUCUUGUGGCUCAAGAAUUUUCCAGUAAAACACCAUUGAAGAAAGUUGCACAAGCAGUAGUGAAUCGGGUUGUUUGCAGUCACCAGCAACUUAAUCUACAAAAACAUGAAGACAUCACCCUUCUGGUGCGUUACUUUAACUACCCAAUAGAUGUUGCUAGUGUUGAUAAUACUAGUAGCAAUCCAAGUUCACCAUACCUGUCACCGAAUAUGUCAUUCUUUCCACAUUUAGUUUACCCUUCCACAGGUUCACAUGUAAACCACCCUCCUUCAUCAACACCUCAGUCAAAGAGUAGUCCAAGCCCUUCCCCAAACCCAUAUAUCUCUAGCCCUACUGUUGUUGAUAACAGUAGCAGCUUUGCCACAGGUAGCAAUAAUAAUCAGCCACAAAAUGCUUCCAACCUGAAUGAGAGUGACAAUAGCCGAUCCUCAACCAAAACACAAACCCUGACUAACAGUCCUUUGUCAACACAACAAACGAACAAUUCACUGACAAGUACCAACACUAAUUCAACCCAGAGCAGUGGAGAGUCGAAGUUGAUUAAUUCGCAUCACCAUUCCACACCCAAACUAUCGCUGGAUAAUGAUGGCAAGUUUUUGAUAUCAUUCCGCACAAGUGAAUUGGUCUUUCCAUGUGUUGGCCGCCAUUCAGGCGAUAGAUUAAUCUAUAAAAAUGCCGCGUGUUCCACUUGUACAAAGAACAAGAGGGAAGUAUGGAGGGUGAAGUAUUCCUUGGCAAAUAUCCGUAAAGGAGCCAGAGAAUUGCUUACUCUAGAAGAGAAGGACCCUAAACGAUUGUUUGAGGGUAAUGCUCUCCUCCGACGUCUUGUGCGUAUUGGUGUGCUUGAUGAAAGCAAGAUGAAGCUUGAUUAUGUCCUUGGUUUACGUCUGGAAGAUUUCUUAGAAAGGCGUUUGCAAACCCAAGUCUUCAAGCUUGGACUCGCAAAAAGUAUUCAUCAUGCAAGAGUACUUAUCCGACAGAGACAUAUUAGGGUUCGUAAACAAGUAGUGAAUGUUCCCUCAUUCAUUGUGCGUCUUGACUCACAGAAACACAUUGAUUUCUCUCUGAAAUCACCGUUUGGUGGUGGUCGUCCUGGCCGUGUCAAGAGGAAAAAUAUGAGGAAGGCUCAAGGCGGUGGUGCUGCAGAUGAAGAGGAGGAUUAA